AUGCCAGCCAACGGCCAGUCAUUUCUCCUCGACCCUGAGAAGGUCGCGGGGCCCACCCGAUACUCACACGCCCGCGUCGUAGCGCCUUCAACCCACCAUACAAUUUACAUCUCGGGCAUCGCUGCCGUAACCCCGGAGGGUACAUAUGAAGGAGUUAAGGAAAACCCGGAAGGAUCUUUCACAAUCGAUGUACGAGAGCAGACUGCGGCCGUUUUACGCCGAAUCGAAAGCAUCAUAAAGGGAGCUUCCAAUGGAAAGGCCGAUCUCCACAAUAUCGUGGAUUCAACAGUCUACAUCCUCGAUAUGAAGACGCAAUAUGCCGACAUGAAUGAGGAAUGGAACAAGAUUUGGUCCGAUCGUGCAAGCGCGCCGAGUCGAGCGACUAUCGGGGUGAAAGAAUUGCCAGAUCCUCGUUUUGCGGUGGAAAUCAAGGCAACAGCAAUUUUCGAGGCUUGA